GAUCUUGUAACGAUAAAAAAAAUUUUGACUUUGUUUUUUUCAAAAAAGAAAAAUUUGACAACCAAACAAACAAACAUCUCUGCAUGAAAUACCUGCCUAUCACAAUGUCAUCAUCAUCAUCAACAACGAAAAAAUGGUUCAUUGUUUUAUCCGUUGGAUUUUGUUUAAUUCAUACAAUAAAUGCAAAUCCAUAUGGAGGUUAUGGUGGAUAUGCUCCACCAACUAUAAAACAAACUGCUAUGAAAAUUGAAGCAAGUGUUGAAAUUGAAAAACCAGGUGGCCCACCAAAGCCACCCGACUAUGAAGGUGGGACAAGACUUGAACUUGGUGUUCCAAAAGCGCCUGCUUAUCCACCACCACCAUCAUAUUCGCCACCAUCAUAUUCACCACCAUCAUAUCCGCCGAUGAAACCAUAUGGUUAUGGUCCACCGAAAAAAUAUGGUCCACCAAAAUAUGGUCCGCCAAAAUAUGGACCACCCAAAUAUGGACCACCCAAAUAUGGUGCACCAAAAUAUUAUAAACUUCCAUCCACUGAUGUUCCUUAUUAUGAAACAACAUCGAAAAAAUCUCCAUAUAAAAGUUCUACAAGUCAUAAGGCAAUAUAUGCACCAAGUGAAAACAAUGAUGAAACUCAAUAUCAUGGACCAACAGAUUAUGAACAAUAUCAACAUUCAUAUCCACAAGAACAAUAUUAUAAUUAUCAACAAGAUCAUUAUAGUAAUCAACAUAAUGAUCAUUAUAAUUAUCAAGCUGAACCACAUCAAUAUUCGUCACCACCAACUGAACAUGAAACGUUUAGUCGAAGUGUUGAAGAACCACAACAUCAUGUUAGUCAUCGUGUUAUUUAUCUACCUGCUGAUGCUGAUUCUGAUCAAGUAUAUCAAGCACCACCAGCAUCACCAUCAUCAGAUUAUUAUGAAAAUUCACAAGGUGAAAAAUAUGAAAGCACUUCGGUACCAGUACAGGAUUCACAAACAACAAUGUAUCAUAAAAUUUCACAAAUUUCUUCAAGUAAUCAACCAAUAGGUAAAGAUCUUUCUGUUUAUCGACAUGAAAAUCGUGGUACUGUCAUAAAUAUUCCUGCUGCUUCGGAACAAAUGAUGACAUUCGUAAAACCGGAUGCUGAUGGAUAUCAUAUGAUGGAAAGCCAUCGGUACAGCCAAUCUGCUGUGCCAGAAAUUGAAUUGAGUAAGAUCACAACAAUUAAUAAUCCAAAAUUUUUAAAUAUAUUGUCAAAACAGUAUGAACAGCCAAUGAUAAAGCCCGGAACAGAAUUAGAAGCACUGCAAACGCAACAAUCCCAAUCUAUACAGACAACAAGAUCGCAAUUUGAAUUACAGAAUUUUUUACCGAUGCCCAUUUCAACUUUAUCGGCCAAUAACGAUAACAUGAUAAAUUAUCCAACGAGUAUCGAACAUUCUGAUCAAUUUGCAACAACCGAACAAUUUCCAAUUUCGGAUUAUUUAAAUCUUUCACCAUCAUUUUAUAAUAACGAAAACGAUGGAUAUGUUUUGGUACCAUUCAAUGAUCUAUUAACUGCAGCCGAUUAUUUAUAAUGAUACAUUCUAUAUUUCAUCUCUCAUCAUCAUUCUAUACUCAU